AUGCAGACAAAGAAAAGCACCGAGCUCCUCUCCUCUGCCCGUCUUGUCCCUCUCUCACCCCCCACCUCUCGAAAAAGAGUUCGACUGCAGUGGAGAGGAUAG